AUGCCGUUCACCGUGUUCGCGCGCAACAAGCGGCAGAGCGGCAAACCGCACCGCGAGGCGUUCCUGCCCGAAGAAUCUCCUGUCCGCGUUCUCUCUCAUCCCCUUCCUUGUUCGCGUCCAGCUGACCGUUCAUCGAAAGAGCCGCUUGUGAUUCGCGAUCUCUCCACCUCCGCUUCCUCCGCGUCGUCCUCCUCUUUUCCCUCGGCCUCCUCCUCCCUCUCCUCCCCCUCCCUCGCGUCAUCCUCCUACCGCGCCACCUCAGUUUCUUCCUCACCCUUGUCGAAAUCCCCAUCACCAUUGUCCAUUACCUCGUCUUUCCUCCUCGCCGCGACUCGGGCGGCUUCUCAUGCCACACCGGACGCGGCGUCUCUCCCCGAAUCUACGUCCCCCUCCACGUCACCUCCAGCGUCACAGUCGACGCAAUUGCCUGAGAUCGAGCCCCUCCCAUCGGCCUCGUCAGCGGCGCGGCUAAUUCCUCUCCCCGAGGCGCACAUUUCUCCGCGCGAAGACCCUUCCGGAAUGUGCUCCGGAGAGCGCGCGCAGCAGCAGGCGCGGUGGGAGCGCAACCCGCCGCUGCUGCUGCUGCACGGGUUCGGAGGACCGGGGUACCAGCAGGGGGGCAGGGGCGGGGACGAUGCGCGCAACCGUGACAAUUCGGGGGAGGGGAAAUGUGGUUUGGCGGGGGACGCCGCCACAGUGCACUGGCACCAGCUGGUUGGGAGCCUGGCUCGGGAUUUCGAGUUGUAUGUGCCGAACCUUGUGUGGUUUGGAGAGUCUGGUGUGGAGGACUGUGAAGGAUUGGAAGGGAGGAGGAGGGAGGGAGUGAGUGAGGAAGUGGAAGAGUCGUUGGAGGUGGAAGAAGGGGAGGAGGAGGACAAGGAGGGGAGCGAGGAGGAAGAGAAAGGGGGGGAGGAGGUGAGGGUGGGAGAAGAGGAGAGGAGCAGGGAUGAGAGCCCAAAGUACUCGAUACAGUUCCAAGCCAAUUGCAUGAUGCGGCUGGCAAGAAUACUCGGAUUGUCAAGGUUCGACGUUCUGGGGUUUGGUUACGCGCCAUCUUCCCCACGGCUACCGGAAACUGUGGCUGAGUUGCGGCAAGCGCAGCACGCAGCGUUUGAAGGCACAUUCUGGGCGCCUGCGUUCCUGUACCGGGAUCUGCUCAAGGUGCUGUUUUCUGGUAGCCGCACCCAGCAGCAGCACUGCUUGGACGAGUACAUUCGAGACAGGCCUCUGAACCCGUGGCUGAAUCCAGUGCUGAAGCAGGAGGUUCUCAUCGUGUGUGGAAGGAAGGAUCCGAUCGCUCCUUUGCCAUUCGGGAAAAUGCUCUUGCAGUAA